GGAGUCACUCUUCCAGAUUCAGUCUGUAUGUGGCUAUGUGCAGACUGCAACUUCUUUGAUCAGUUCAGUCCCCAUUUUCUCUCUCCCAUUACUGUCUUCCUCCCAAACCCCCCCACUCUUUCCCCCGCGCCCAAUUCCUCAUCCAUAUUCAAAUUCUCCACUUCCAUUUCCUCUCUCUUUCUCUCUAUCUCCGAGCUCCAAAUCGACCCGCCUCCGCCAAUGGCCGACUCCGACUCCGCCACCGCCCAAUCUCCAUCUCCGCCGCCCGCUCCUCUCGCUCCGAAGAAGGAGAAUCUUACGCCCGUGAGCUCCAAGAUCGCGGAAUUGAACGAAUCGAGGGUUGAGCUCCUUACCAGAAUCCAAGGCUUGAAAAAGGACUUGCAUUCUUGGAGAUCCAAGAUAGACACUCAGAUCAAAAUCUACCGUGAGGAAUUAACAGGAGUGAAGAAAUCGUUGAAUGACGAAGUGGAUCAACUUCGGUUGGAGUUUAAAGAACUCAGAACUACACUUCAGCAGCAACAAGAUGACAUCUCUUCUAGCAUGAAGAACUUGGGGCCCAUGGAUGGGGGUAGGGAUGAAGCUGAAGAGGCGAACCACUCGGAGGCAGAUGCAAAACAAGAAGAUGAAGCGAAAGUCUUAACUGUCAAGGAAGAGCCUACUUCAGCCUAAAACAGCCAUUUGCAGUCCCUUGGGAAAGAAACCUUUUCUUUUCUGAGUCCAUCUAGCUGCAAUGUAUUGAAGUACUCCAAAGACAAAUGUAAUAGUUUAGUUGUAAAAUCUGCCCAGGAGGGGGCAAAAAGCUUGUAAUACGUCUAUUAUCUGUUAUGUUUUACUUACAAGGGUUGAUGAGGCCUAUAUCCCUCUCUUAAAGCUAAAUUCACAAAUUCAGUUGUAGUUAGCCGUUGAAUUCGUUUAUCCACUAUAUCCGGAAUGUGAUUGAGUUGAUCAUAGGACUAAGAUUUACCACUUUAAGACAAUCCAUCCAACUUGGGGGAUUGGUUAGUUUGCUAAGGAUACGGG